GCGCAGCGCAGUCGCCAUGGCGGAGCGCCUCGCCUCCUCGGCCUCCCUCCUCCCGGCAUCGCCUUCCCCGUCCACCCGCCGCGCCGCGGCUGCAGCAGCAACCGUCGCCUCCUUCCCCUCCUGCUCCGCGCGCACCGGCGGGCUCCGCCUCCGUCCGUCCCCCUCGCGCUUCUCGCAGAAGGUUGCGGGGCGAGGGCGCGGCGGCGCCGGCGGGGCGCUGCGGGUGGUCCGCUGUAUGGCGGCGUCGGAUGCCGCGCAGCUCAAGAGCGCGCGGGAGGACAUCAAGGAGAUCCUCAAGACCACUUACUGCCACCCCAUCCUGGUCCGUCUGGGAUGGCAUGAUUCAGGUACGUAUGACAAAAAUAUUGAGGAGUGGCCACAGAGAGGUGGAGCUGAUGGAAGCUUAAGAUUUUAUCCAGAAUUGAGUCAUGGAGCAAAUGCUGGUCUUACUAGUGCUUUAAAGCUUAUUCAACCAAUCAAGGACAAAUACCCAGGUAUCACUUACGCGGAUUUGUUCCAGUUGGCGAGUGCUACAGCAAUUGAGGAAGCUGGUGGCCCGAAAAUUCCGAUGAAAUAUGGAAGGGUCGACAUCACAGCACCUGAGCAAUGCCCACCUGAGGGGAGGCUUCCUGAUGCUGGCCCACGUUUACCUGCUGAGCACCUUCGUGAGGUCUUCUAUAGAAUGGGCCUUGAUGACAAGGAAAUUGUUGCACUCUCUGGAGCACAUACACUUGGAAGAUCACGGCCUGACCGGAGUGGCUGGGGCAAGCCAGAAACUAAAUAUACAAAGGUUGGGCCUGGUGAACCUGGAGGGCAAUCAUGGACAGCUGAAUGGUUGAAGUUUGAUAACAGUUACUUCAAGGACAUAAAGGAGCAAAGGGAUCAGGAUCUUCUAGUAUUGCCUACGGAUGCUGCAUUAUUUGAGGACCCAUCAUUCAAGGUAUAUGCGGAGAAGUAUGCAGAGGACCAGGAGGCAUUCUUCAAUGAUUACGCUGAAGCCCAUGCUAAACUGAGCAACCUUGGUGCAAAAUUUGAUCCUCCUGAGGGAAUCUCGUUAGACAAUGACACUGGUGCCACACCAGAUGACGAGAAGAAGGUUGCUGAUCCAGCACCAGCAGAUGAUACCAACGGAGCAGCACCACAGCCCGAGCCAUUUGUUGCCGCCAAAUACUCUUACAAAAAGAGAGAGCUGUCAGACACGAUGAAGCAGAAGAUCCGCGCAGAGUACGAGGGCCUUGGAGGCAGCCCGGAGAAGGCUCUGCAGUCCAACUAUUUCCUCAACAUUAUGAUUGUGAUCGCAGGGUUGGCAUUCUUGACGUCUCUGGUCGGGAACUGAGAGCCUUGAUCUGAUGAGUCUUUUCUUUUCCUUUUUUGUUGCUGUGCCGAAAUUGACCAAUUGUGCAGAGAUCAAUCGAGGUACAUAAUGAGUAUGUAGCGGAAUGCUUUCUCAUCUUUUGAUUGUGAGAUAAAAGAAAGACAGUCCAUUUUAAACUCCGAACAACAUAUAAAUGUUUUCUUCGAUUUUGAACCCUGAAACUACAAAAUCAUGUAUAUUUUACCCUGGGCUUUCAGAAGAAUAUCUUGAAUUCUAA